ACCAACGAGAGAGGAUGCUGGACAUCUUGGAAGACUCACCGUGCUUCAUACUUUUCUCAGCCUCCCCUUUCUCCGUUUAAGGCUAAAAAGUUGUUCAAUUUCGUGUUUGUUUGGAGAUAAAAAGGCUUUGGGUUUUUUGAAGUUUUUUUUGUCUCUCUUGACUAUCGUUAGAGGACUCUCGUGAGAGGGGGCUAAGCGCACAUAUUUUAAGCUUGUUUUUUGUGAAUGGAGAAGGCAAAGCAUUGCGCGUGAGCAUCUAUCCAUUUCAAAGAACUGUCCCUUUCCCACCUGUUGGGACAGGUGAUAUUGGCUCUGCCCGUGGACUAUGACAUUGGACUUGGAGCCCAUGGAAGAUUUUGUUAUUGACGUAGUAGGAGAAGGACUCAGGGAUAACGGAGAGGAGAAUCUCGUGUCUUUACCUUUGGAAAAGGCGAGAAGCGCAGAGCAUGAACCGGAUACUUUUUUGUCUUCGAGCGGGCAGGACGAGGAAAGGGAGGACUACUCACCCACGUCGAAUUGUCCUCCAGCAGCAAGUAAAAGCCCGGCGUCGGUAAAGCCUCCGUACUCCUACAUCGCUUUGAUAACAAUGGCCAUAUUACAAAGCCCCAAAAAGCGUCUUACCCUCAGCGAGAUAUGUGACUUUAUCAGCCACCGCUUCGUUUAUUAUCGUGAGAAGUUCCCUGCCUGGCAGAAUUCCAUCAGACACAACCUUUCGCUCAAUGACUGCUUUGUCAAAAUGCCCCGGGAGCCUGGUAAUCCAGGGAAGGGAAACUACUGGACGCUGGACCCCAAUUCUUCGGACAUGUUUGAGAAUGGGAGCUUUCUGCGUCGAAGGAAGAGGUUCAAACGCCAGCAUUUUCGUUUCGGGGUGCUGAAGGAGCAACCCCUAGAGCCCAGUGUCUUUCACAACUUUUAUGGUACUUAUGGACUUGGCACAGCGGGUCUUCAGCUACCCAGUUUGGAGAUAUAUCCGUUCGGCUUCCAUCACCAUGCACACUCGUCAUGCGCGCCCACCAUCCCACCUGUUAGCAGCCUCCUACCGGCUUUGUCGAGCCUGUUUACCCGGAACUCUUUCGCUGCCAAGGCUUUUCUUCAAUCACAGCAGCCUGUCACUAUCGGGUCCUUCAAUCCGGGCCGCUGUGCCACCUUUUCUUCCGCUCUGACCUCCAGCGCUCCAUACGCGUCCCCUGCGCUGUUCCACUCCGCGGCGUCUCCACAUCUUGUCAGUUUACAUCAAGAAUAUCAGAAAUUACAGACUCAGCGCAGCACCUCUGACCUGGCUAAAUGAGCCGUGCUUGUGAAUAUUUUAGUUGUGUUUCAGACUUUAAAUUGUUGAUUUGUAUCUCAGGUGAUAGAGAUUUUUGAAGCUCUUGUGGAAACACAGGUGUUUUGCCAAUGGUAAUUGGAUGGACUUUCUUGUUGAUCUAGGCCUAUUUGAAAAGUUCUUAAGUAUGCUGUAGAUUUAUGCCUUGCAUUGAUUACAUUUUUCAUAGCAUCUUGCGUUUUUCUUUCUAAAGUAUAAAAUUACAUUUGUCCAUUGAAAUGCAAAUAUUUAACAGACGAGUUUCCUUUUACAUUUGGAAA